UUCACCCAACAAAACCUCAAAUCCGUUUUCCCUCCGCCGUCCAGUAUGAUACCUAUUGCAGCCGCCUCAUCCGACACGCCGCCGCCACCGACGGCCGUCUUGCAGCGCACGGCGUGGCACUCCCCGGUGCCGUACCUGUUCGGCGGGCUGGCGGCGAUGCUGGGGCUCAUCGCCUUCGCGCUGCUGAUUCUGGCCUGCUCCUACUGGAAGCUCUCCGUCCAAUCAGAGGAGAGAGAGCGGCAAGAGAGAGAUUUAGAGAGUGAAAAUGCCGAAAAUCACGAGAAGAACAACAACUCCGGCAAGGGCGAUGAAACCAAGGUUUACGAAGAGAAGAUUUUGGUGAUCAUGGCCGGAGACCAAAAGCCCACUUUCUUGGCCACUCCGGUCACCGCCAAAGUUUCUUCCUUUAGGGACUGCAAUGUUUCUGGGUUUAAGCUUCAGAACGCACACAAAGAGACGGGUGAAAUUUGCGGGAAAGUUAAAGAAAUGAGUCACCAUGAAAAUGAUGAAGAAGAAGAUCAAGCUUAAUUAGUCAUGAGGAAAAGAAAUUAAUCCCCUUUGGUUUUCCACCAAAUUUUCCAAUUUUGGAUGCGGGUUCUUUUUUUUUUUCUGGGUUUGAAUUCUUCUUUUUUCCUAAUGAUUUUGUGUCAGUGAAGCCAAAAUGUAAAUAUUUUGAGAGAAUUGCUAAUAUGCAGUUAGAUUUGUUUGUUUUUA